ACAAAAUGGAGCCAAGCAAAUGUAGACACUCUUAUUGUUCUGAUGGUAGAGGAAGUUAAGAAAGGAAAUAGGACUACUUCGACUUUUAAUAAAGCUGGUUGGAACAACAUUGCCAAUAACUUCAAAGAAAAAAUUGGGGUCAACUAUGCCAUUGUACAAUUGAAGAACAAAGUGAACAAACUGAGGCAGGAUUAUAGUCAGUUUAAGAAGCUAUUGGAGACAACUGGUUUUGGUUGGGAUACUGCUUCAAGAACUUGUACUGUUGAUGAUGAAUCCAUCUGGGAAUCGCACAUUAAGGAUAACCCUACUUGGGCACGAUUUAAGAAGCAUGGACUACCACAAUGGUCAGAACUAUGUAUGGUAUUUGGUGAUACAUAUGCAGACGGCGAAGGAAGUGGGACUCAAACAACCGUGUUGGAAACUUUGGGGGCCGAUGAUGAAUCUUAUGAUGAGUCAAGUUCCGCUGAUGAAGUUACUCCAUUAGGUGACACUCAAACUGAAGCAGUGGAAAAAAGGCCAGCUACUAAUUUAGGCAUGAUAGGACUCCAAAUGCGAAAAGGAGGAGGAGCAAGUCUAAUGAUUGGUCAAUGGCAUUCAAGGCAAUUCAAGAUAUGAGUAAAUCAAGGGUAGAACGGGAUGCGAGCAUGUCCACUGCUUCAACCCAAAAUGCGGAACAGAUGUACGGGAUUACUAAGGCCAUGGAGGUGCUUGAGUCAGGAUAUGAGUUAGAUGAAGCACUAUACGAGAAAGCACUUCGGAAGUUAAUGGCUGACCCGCAAUGGAGAGAAGCAUUAAUUUCCUGCCCUCCUCAUCGGAAGUCAAUACUCCUUCGUACCCUUCAGUAGUUUGCUUCUUGAAAAGUUCUUUUAAUUAGAUAGAUUGAUAACUCUACUUGGAUUGUGCCUUGACCCUACUUUUAACUUUGGUGGUUUGCUAUGUUUUUCUUCACUUUUUAAGAUGUUAUGGAUGACUGUGUCUUGACUUUUUUUUA